AUGCAGGCGUUCCAGGAGCGGUACCUGCUCCUGGUGGACACGGCGUCCGACAUGGACAGCACGCACAGCGACGCCAGCGAGGUGACGCACGAGUUUGUGCGCCGCCCCGGCAGCGGCCGCCGCAAGCAGCACGCGCCCUGGCGCUCCCCCUGGGACGCCAGCGUGCUCACCGUCUACUCAGGCCCCCCGUCCUCGGCCACCUCCAGCCCGAUCAAGCCCAGCGCGAGCGCGGCCGCCGCCGCCGUCGCCGCGGCCGCGGCGGCGGCCGCCACGGCCCUCGACUGCGCCACACCAUGCAGCGGCAGCGCCGCUGCCGCAGCCGCCGCCGCGUCGCGCCGCGGCAAGGGCAAGCAGGAGCUGUGCGGCCCUUGCUGCCACUGCGGCGCCAGCAGCAGCCCCCAGUGGCGCAAGGGCCCAAAGGGCAAGCCGAUCCUCUGCAACGCCUGCGGCAUCCGCUUCCUGCGCACGCGCUCACUGGGGAAGGUGACCCCCAAAAAGCGCCGCGGCCCCGCGGGCCCCUCGGCGGCCGGCGCGGCGGCCGCCAAGCGGCUCAGGCUCGAGGACAAUGACGAGUCAGACAAUGACGAGGACGGCCGCACCAGCUCCGGCGACGGCAACCUGUAUUCUCUUGAGGAGCUCCCGCCCCCAGAGGCAGACACCGAGGAGCCGACCGACGAGCCCCAGGAUGACGUCAUCGCCCUCCAGCUGGCGUCCUCCCCCCUGCAGCUGCAGCUGCGCGCCGCGGCCGCCGCCACGGCCGCCGCCGAGCGCGCCGCGGCCGAGGCCGCGGCGGCCAACGGCGGCUUCGGCGGCGGAGAUCAGGCGGGCGGCCUCCUCAGGCAGGGGCAGCAGCAGCACUUGCAGCACGGGCAGCAGCAGGCGCUGCUGCUGCAGCAGCUGCUGCUCCAGCAGCAGCAGGCGCUGCUCGCGCCGGCUGCGGCCCCCUCAGCCUUUGCAGGCCAGCCCCUGCGGCGCGAGGGCCAGGGCAGCGUGCCCAAUAGCCCCGCGGUGUCCCCCCUGCCGGCGCCCGCCGCCCCGGCCCCCGCUGCGGCGUGCGCGCUGGCGCCGGCCGGCUCCGCCACGCCGGCCGCGCUCGACCCGUCGCUCCGGCUCAUGCUCGGCGGCGGCGCGGCGCUCGCGCGCGCGGCGUCGGCCGGCGACGACGCGGCGGGCGUGGUGGUCCAGCGCAGCCGCAGCAAGGGGCCUGCCAGCAGUGCCAGGACGCAGUGA